AUGACUGAGAUGCAGCAUCAGGAGUCUGUGGGGAGAUGGGAUGGGCUCGGCAGCCGUGAUGUCGCCUCCAGAGCUGAGGCGAUGGAACUCAUCUGCCAGGAGGUCAUGAGAAAAGUGGAAGCCAUCGGCCCUAUAAAAGCCGCCACCCCCUCGCCCCCUGCUGUAGGAACCCUUCCCAACAGCGACCUGAACGACAUCCUGGUUCACCUUCUCAUGCUCUCCAGACGGUGCCCCUUUGAAGAUGUCAGCGUGCGUUGUGCUCAGCUCCUGCGAGACAUCCAGGAUUUAGGCGUAAGGAUCCCAAGACCCAUAGGAAGUGGACCAAGCAGAUUUAUCCCUGAAAAAGAGAUUCUUCAAGUCAGUAAAGUGGACGCCAGGACGCAGGCAAUUUUUGAGGAUGCAUUCGCAGCCCUUCAUCGGCUGGACAACAUUUCCCUCGUGAUGAGCUUCCACCCACAGUACCUGGAGAGCUUCCUCCGGACGCAGCACUACCUGCUGCAGAUGGACGGACCCCUGCCUUUGCACCACAGACACUACAUCGGCAUCAUGGCGGCUGCUCGCCACCAGUGUUCCUACCUGGUCAACCUGCAUGUGAACGACUUCCUUCAGGUCGGGGGGAAUCCCAAGUGGCUGAACGGCCUGAACGAAGCUCCGCAGAAGCUGCAGCAGCUCGGGGAGAUCAACAAAAUCCUGGCCCAUCGUCCUUGGCUUUUAACCAAGGAGCAUAUCGAGCGCCUCCUUAAGGCUGAGGAGCACAGCUGGUCCCUGGCAGAGCUCAUCCACGCUGUAGUCCUGCUCACCCACUACCACUCCCUCUCCUCUUUCACCUUCGGCUGUGGUAUCAUGCCAGAGAUCAACUGUGACAGCGGACACACGUUCAGACCCCCCUCCCUUAGCCAGUACUGCAUGUGCGACAUAGCCAAUGGAAACGGUCACGGCAAUCAUCAUGACGACUUGCUGGGCAAUCAGGAGAUGUGUGGUGAGGUGGAAGAGCUGAUGGAGAGAAUGAAGCAGCUGCAGGAGUGCCGUGACGAUGAAGAGGCCAGCCAGGAGGAGAUGGCCACCCGCUUUGAGAGGGAGAAGACCGAAAGCAUGUUGGUGGUGACGUCAGAGGACGAGGAGUCUGCCCCCUCCAGGGACAUCUCUCGGCACUUUGAAGACACCAGCUAUGGCUACCAGGACUUCUCCAGGAGGGGGGAGCAGGUUCCCACGUUCAGAGCGCAGGACUACAGCUGGGAGGACCACGGUUUCUCUCUGGUCAACAGAUUGUAUCCCGAUGUGGGGCAGAUGCUGGACGAGAAGUUUCAGAUGGCCUACAAUCUCACAUACAACACCAUGGCGACACAUAAGGAUGUGGACACCAGUAUGCUGCGCAGGGCCAUCUGGAACUACAUCCACUGCAUGUUCGGCAUCAGGUAUGACCAUUCUGAUUACGGGGAGAUAAAUCAGCUUUUGGACCGUAGCUUUAAGAUCUAUAUCAAGACAAUGGUGUGCAGCCCUGAGAAGACCACCAAACGAAUGUAUGAGAGUUUCUGGAGGCAGUUGCAGCACUCCGAAAAGGUCCACGUCAAUUUGCUGCUGAUGGAAGCACGGAUGCAAGCAGAACUUUUAUACGCUCUGAGAGCGAUCACUCGCUAUAUGACAUGAAGUGCUUUUGGCGUUUUUACUGUUCUUUAACUGUCGUCGUUGCUCUUUCUGGAACACUUAAAAGAAAAAAAAAAUACAUGGGGCGAGGGAGUUGUUAAGCAAAAAGAGCUGUCAGUUUUUAAAACGCCUGUUGGUAGGACAUUGCAGAGAUGAUUGGAACAAAGGGAAGAUUUUCUACUGCAGCAAAGUCAUCUCAAACUACAAGUGGAUCCACAUUAUCAGAGGUUUCCUGCAGUGCCAAAAUUAACCAACAGAGGACAGCCUUGAGCAAACUGAAGCCCUGCUGAGGGGGUUGAGGCUCAGAGCAUUGACACUGGAGACAUCCAGGACUACAUUUCAGUAUUCCAGCAUUGCCUCGGUUCUCUUUUGAUAGGAAUGAGCAUCCCGGGGAAAUUUCCCAGAAAGAAAGCUGUGCAGCCACAUCCAGUCUGCACUUUUGAUUCUGUCGUCACUGUUUUAGUUUCUUUAACAUUUUUUUUCACUUUUGUAUGAUGAGUAGAGGAUGUUUUCAAUGUAACCCCAGAUGGAUGCGUUAACUCUAGUGUUUUUGUUUGUUUCAGUGAUUUCUACGUGUGCCUGAACUAUAUCCAGCACAGUGUGCAUAUGUGCUGAUGCUGCUGCUCCCAGCUGUAUUUUAGUGGGAUCAUAUUGAUGCCCAGAAUCACCCCUCACCCAGUUCCCUUAAUCCCUUUAUAAAAGCCCCUGUCUAUUAAAAAUCCAUUGCAUUACCCCCCACCCUACCCUUUUACCCCUUAACCACGUCCCCAGUCUCAAACGUCAAAGUAAGCUAAUCCGAGGAGUGUGAAAACCCUACAUGUGGGUGGGAAAGCUCAAAAGAAACACUGUCUGAGCCCUUUUGAGUUUGACUGUACAGGUGUGAAUGAGUUCUGUUCUUCUGAUAACUGAGGUGAGAGUGUUUGUGUGCAUUUCUCAAGAAUUGGAGAAACAGAAAUGUAUGUCUUUGAAUUUCAUUUAGGAAAAAAAAAGCGAGGCACUUUGAAGGAAAGCCUUCUUGCUUCUGCUGUAGCUCUCUUAUUGGGAGAAAACUGUUCUUUUAAUGUCUUUUUUUUCUUGUAUUGGGGGAAAAAAAUGUUAAUGUAAUGGAAAGUUGGAAAACCAAGUUCUCCAGGAGGGGGUUUGCUUCCGUCAUAUCUCGUCUUCCGCUUAUCCCACCUGGCUGGUUGACCAAACUCUUUCAAAGCUUUUGAUUGUGAAUUUUACCAGUAAAAUACCUCUUCUGUUUUUUUUUUGUUUUGUUUUAAACGUUAAAAAAGUGCUCUUUCGUGAGCAGAGCUGUAUUCCCGCUGCUCGGGAAUCCAGCGCUCACACGGGGGGCUGCCUGCGGUCGAUAGCUUUCGGACGCAAAAAAAGUUGUAGCUGUGCUUCUUUCCCUGUGAGGGAAGUCUAACCAGUGCAAAAGCAGCAUUUUUUUUUAUCAGAGGUUUGAAGCCUCUGCUUAUUUCUUUUGUUUACUAAAAUUCAGUAAAGUACUGCAUUCUUUUUAAGUUGGACUGAGAAAAUCAGGCGAACGAUAAUGUGAGGAGGAGCAGAGCUGCAAUGAUAAAAGAAUGGUACAUUUGAACGUGGUUUCAGAGGAAGUCGAAGUUUUGUUUUUCUUUCAAGCUCCUGACUGAUGUCAGUUACUGACACAUUUUAUAUAAAAA